AUGUCCGCUUCCUGCCUCGACCUGCAGACGUCUGCCGCGGGUUCAGCACCACUGGAGCUGGACAGCGACUGCAUGGAGCCCCGGCCCGGCGCCGCUCAGGAUUCCGGCGGCUUCCAGGGUCACCCGCUGCGGCACGCCGGCACCGGAGGCCUCGGUAUGGCCUUGGAGGAGGAACUUGCCAUGCUCACCGGGGAGCGGGACGACGAGGAGGAGCUGCCGGACCUAGAGAUGCCUGUCGUGGGGCACAACGCAGACCUACUGUCGCUCUUCCGCCAGAAGGAGAAAGACUUGGUUUUAGCUGCUAAACUCGGCAAAGCACUGCUGGAGAGAAACCAAGACUUGAGCAAGCAAUAUGAGAAAAUGCACAAAGAUCUCAACGAGAAAUUAGAGCACUUGGAGCAGGAGAAGCACGAGUUACGUCGGCGUCUGGAGAGAAGAGAGGGGGAGUGGGAGGGUCGCGUGGCCGAGCUGGAGACGGACGUCCAGCAGCUGCAGUGCGAGCUAGAGCUCCACCAGGUCCAGCUGAGGGAGGCUGACAGGGACAAGACCAAGGCCAUCAGUGAGCUCUCUGAACAGAACCACAGACUGCUGGAGCAACUCAGUAGGGCUGCAGAGGUGGAGAAGCAGCUGUCCACUCAGGUCCAUUCAUUACGUGGCGACUUCAGGGAGAAGAGCAUGUCUACGAGACAACACAUGACAGGACUGGAGACUCUACAGGCUGAGCAAGGGCUAGAAAUUAAGAUGCUGUCCGAGAGGAAGAUGGAGCUGGAGCGCAGGGUGCACAUCAUGCUGGAGGAGAACGAGCUGCUGCAGAGCACAGUGGACGACUUCAGAGAGAGGACGCUGGUGUUGGAGAAGCAGUGUCAGGAGAAGGACCUACAGUUGCGGCAGAGCCAGCUGGAGCUCCAGGAGGUUCAGGUGUCCCACAGGCAGCUGACCUCUCGGCUGGAGGAGCUGUCAGAGGAGCACAGCCUCCACGGCCUCACCCCACACCCAUCCAGUCUGCUGUGUGAGAUAGAACAGAGCAUGGAGCAGGAGGAGCAGGAGCAGGAGAGGGAGCAGUUGCGUCUCCAGCUGUGGGAGGCCUACUGCGAGGUCCGCUCACUCUGCUCCCAUCUCCGGGGAAACGACAUCACCGACUCGGCGCUGUCCACCGAUUCUUCCAUGGACGAUUCCUCGGAGACGUCCUCUGCCAAGGAUGUGCCUACUGGCAGCCUCCACACCGGCCUUCUGGAGCUGCGGAGGCUGACACAGAACCUGCUGGAUGGCAACGAGUCCACGGGCUCGCGGCGCAGCGAUGAGGAGGCUCUGGAGGAGCAGGUGAGGAAGAUGGGAGAAGAGCUAAGGGAGGUCAGAGAGCUGCAUGAGGCGGAGCAGGACAAAACACGCAGCGGCCAAGGGGAGCUGCUGCAGCUACACAAUCAGAUGGCGCUUCUCUCUGUAGAGAUGUGCUCUCUCAGGGAGGACAACCAACGGAUGAGGGUGAUGGCUGAGAUACGGGAACCCAGCGAGCAGCUCCAGAGCGCCAUCAGAGACCGAGACGACGCCAUAGCCAAAAAGAAAGCGGUGGAGAUGGAGCUGGCCAAAUGUAAAAUAGACAUCAUGUCUCUGAAUAGCCAACUCCUGGACGCCAUCCAGCAGAAGCUCAACCUGUCGCAGCAGCUGGAGGCCUGGCAGGAUGAUAUGCACAGAGUGAUUGACCAGCAGCUGAUGGACAAGCACCAGGACGAGUGGCGCUCGGCCCCACCCUCCCUGUCGCGGGCCCACGGCAGCCAGUCCUCCAGGCGAGCUCACCGCAUUUCAGACCAGGACAAAAGACUUUUCUCUUUUUUCAAAAAGAACUGAGAACCUGUUGGACUGUCCCUGGGCGCAGCAGAAAGACAGAGAGGGACGGCGGCGAGGGAAGAGGAGGGAGAGACAUCAUAGAGCAGGGGGAACGACACAGCCAAAGACGGGCCCGUGGCACACGUUGAGGUUUGGGUCAUUUUGCACUUUAUCUGUCCCAUUACUCUUCUCCUGACUGAUUAACUGGCGACUGCUGACAGUGAGAGAUGGAAAUAUGAGAUCAGGUCUUCCCCAGAGGCUUUGGCUUAAGCCCCUCUUGUAGAAAGAAAUCAGUCCCAACAGGACGUGAACAGGGUCACAAAGUUUACCUCUGAAACAGGAAGGUUUCCUUGUAGUGCCUAUGACCAUCUCUACUAGCCCACUGCCAACUCUGUAGAGAGGGGAACACAUGUACCCACUCUCAUCGUAUGCAUCCCAGUAAUCAGGCCAAGGUGUCUGGGGGAAGACGGGUGGAUUCCUGGGACAGUGUGGGUUUAUGGGAAAAGAUGGGGACGACGAUCAGAGCGCUGAAGCUGCAGCCAAUUAACCCAAUCGCUCAGGUUUAUUCAUUUGUCCAGGGGAUGUUCAGAACAUGAAGCAACAGCUUUACAUAUCAGGACCAUCGCAUAGUGUAUAUUUGAUAAAACAUAAAUUACAUUAUUUUCCUUAAAGACAGCCAUGCACAGAGUUUUACCAUGUUUCAAUGUCCCAGACCCAAAACUUUAAAGAUAAAGAAAGACUUUAAAGGGACACUACAGAUAUGGACUUCUACAAAGAGAUAUUGAAACUGCACUAAACAAUAUUUUUAUAUCAGCAAGAGAACAAAUAGCUAUGUAUUAUGUAAAUGUGAAAGGGGCCACCGAAUUAUUUUUUAUCCAUACAUCAUCUUUACCCCUUAAACUUUGUGGGCAGUGGGGAGACUGGAGCCAGUCACUGGUGAACUGGGGCAAGAGGGGGGGUUCAUCCUGGAGAGGCCCUCAGUGUAAUGCAGAGCUGUUUCAGGGCUAUUUAUUGAAUUUGUUUACAGCCACAUGUUUUCACAACUCUCUUUAACCCAGAUUUCAGCAGGCAGCUCCAAUAUGUUCGAUUCCCAGCUCUAAACAGAGGUGAGCGACCCGCUGGUGAACAGAUGGAGCUCCAAAACUAUACUAGAGGGAGAGUUAGUAUUGAUUUAAAAACUUGUUGGGCGGCUCAGAAACACGACUCCAACUUAUUGCUUCUGCCGCCUGCUGAGACGUGUGAACAACUGUUUGUGUAACAACUUUAAAAGCUGAAAUUUGACUACGCUGUGUUUACGUCUAGUUCAAUUAGACAAUAACAAAAUCACAUCAGCUUUUAAAUCAACACCUGAGGCUGAGAUAUCCUCUAUAUUAGUCCUCAAUAUCAGGUUAUAUGGGAAAGAUCAGAUCCUACACAUCGCAUAAUGCAGCCAAUAAUGCACCUCAUGUUACGAAAACCCCAUUUUGUCAUCAAAAUCCCAUUAUCAAGUUUCAUGUAUAAUUCAAGUAAACACAAUCUAGUGUGAGCAGGGAAACAGGAUCCUUGAACUAAGUGAAUGUAUGAACCAGCACUUUUAUUUGAAUCCAUCGCACACAAGGCCUUCAUGUUCAUCUCUGACAUCUAAAUAAACCUGCGGUGGGGGGGGGGCUCAGCUGGUACGUUCUUCUACAGUUCACAUCGAAUUGUAAUCACAUUUAAACAUUAAUGCUUUUUCAAAGAAAAGUCUGGCAUUGUCCUCAUGAUGUCAAUCAUCUUCCUAGUUGACCAAAUUUUUUAAAAUGUUUACACAUCAGCUUGAGAUGGAGGCAGAACUACAGCUCAUGGAUUCUCGAUCAAGUCGAUCGAUCGAGCUCAACGACAACCUACAGAACUUCAUGUGAGUGAACAGAAACUUCCUCUGCAGUGCUCAAUGUCUGAGCUGCGUUGGUUCACCUCAAAUAGAGAAGCUCUACCUCCAUUCUCAUUGCUUCAAUACUUCAUGAGCACUUUGUUUUCUUAGCUGCCGGGCUUCCGUUUUUACGUGACAUAUCUGUUCCUCCAUUGGUUAAACGUCUAUGUUUUGACCUGAGAUCUCUAUCGAGCGUGAGCGACUCACAGCGUGACACAGUGUCUGUCUGCGUCUGGACUCGUGUCGGACGCAGCUGUGCAAACCUAUGCAGAUGUCUUCUCUUCAUUUCAGCUGGUUGUUGGAAGGAUCAACCCAAAGAAUGAUUUUUUUUAUAAUAAGUCGAAUACGUUUGGAUGAAAUCGAUAUAUUUAUAAAAAAAAUGCGUAUGUUUUGAAUGAAAUCCUUUUUUUAGAGAGAAAUAUACCUGUACAUUGUUGUUUGUAAAGGCUCCUUAUUCAUGUGUGUUCCAACGGUGAGCAGGGGUUCCACUGGUGAUCACUCAUACAUGUGUUUAUGUGUGUGCGUGGGUGUGUGUCAUGCAACUGAAGUUGUGGGAGAUAUUCAUGAGUCCUACCAAGUUCUGUUAUGUGAGAAGACUCAUCAGUGUUGUUUAUUUUUUUAUUCCAACAGAACCCCCAAAUCCAGUUGACAGCUCCUGGUGCCACUUUUUGAUAAGCCGACUCUAUAAACAGUUUUUAAGUCGUAAAUAAUGGUUUUAUUGAUAGUUUAUAUGAAAUAAUUAAUGAAUUAAUGAAAAAAAUCUGAUGGAUUGGAAAAAAAAUUGUUAUUCAUAAAGUAAUGUAACGGAAUGUCAGGUUAGGUAUUUCAGAAAGUAAACACUUGAUGAGUCUUGCUGAUGAAUUAAAAAGCUAAAAAGUCUAACUGGGUAUCCAGAGGAAGUUAAACUAAAACCCUGAAGAUAUUUCAGAACAUAAAAAUACACAUUUUCUUCAUAUUAUUAUCCAACCAUCCAUCAUCUAUAUAAAAUGUAUUCUCCUAAUAAAUAAAGGCUGUGGGGGGAGCACUAAAACUCAAUAUUCUAAAAUACCUAAAAAAAACAUCAACUUAUUAUUGGUUCUAAUUACAGAAGGACUAAAGAUUAGUGAAGGAUGUAUUAAACAUUAAUAAAACCAUUUCAAACUCUGUAGGAAGUCUGCCUUAUUAGAGCGUUUUUUCACUGCUCCUUUCUGAAUGGAUGUGAUCAGAAAUUUUAAAGAAAGAUAGAAACAUGAUUUUUCCCUCAUAGGUCGGAACACGUUUCUGAAAAGUCCGAAAAUGGGUUGAAUAAGAAAGUGUGUGUGUUUGUAGUUUGAGACUUCUGAUAGUUCCUCUUCCCCAGAGAAAGAGCCGCCUCUUCCUCCUGCAGGCUGGGAUUAAACACCAGCCACUGCUGCCAGCACCACACUGUAAUUAGUCUCCUUUCAUUCCAUGUUUUUUGUUAGAAAAACAACACACUGUAAACAUGUUUGUUUUUUGUCCACAUUACGUCCUAAUUGCUGUUUCUGUUCAUUGUUUGUAUGAGACUGUUGCUGGGACACUGUAGACUGUACCGACAGCAUUUUAAAACGUCUGCUACAACAUUGUGAUGCUGCCACUGAGGGUGGAGUUUGUGUGUGUGUCGCAGCAUUUGACACACACAAAAUCAAUGACACACACUGAGUGUGUGUAUUUUCUGUUGCUUGUCUCCACUCAGUCGGAUGUUAUUUUGGAAUGUCAGUGCUUCGGCUGGGCUCAGUGUGCUGUGUGAGUGCUUUCAUUCACCUCUGACUAACGGCACUGUUUCAGUUACAGAAUGCUUCAAACUAUUCAAAAUAUUUACCAUGCAAUUUUCUGAGCAUUUUUUUCUACAAAUAAACACUUUACAAUCUA